AUGAGGAGAGAGGGUGCUUCUCAGGUCCUGUCUGGUGACUGUGAAGAAGAGGAGAGACUCUCAAGAUAUCAAGUUCGCAGGUUGGGGGGGCAGGGCCGCGAUACCCAGAUGGCGGGUUGCCACGGGAGUGCUUCUUUUUCUGACCGAGGUUUCCACUCGGCUGUGGCCUUCUCCAGGCCGUGGCGUGUCUCUUUGUCUUCUUCACCGUCCGCCAAGUGCGGAAUGUUGCUUCUGUCGCUCGCUUGUCUGCUUUCUUGUUUUUUCUUCGUCCCGUGCGCGAGCCAGAUCGUCAGCUACUCGAAUCAAGCUGUCCCGGGCCCGUUUCUGCUGGCUCCAGAGAAAGGGGCGUUUUUUCUUUACGGGAAGAACACCAAGUUUCACUUCCCGGUUGCCAUGUUCUUCUCGACUGGCUCGGACCCGGCUUCGGCGGCGCCGACCGUCUCGUUCAGAAACGUGCGGUUCACUGCGGAGUCUUCGGCCGUGGUUCGGGAGGCCAUCGUGCAAAAGGGUGUUAGCGCGUCUGGCGGGUUCUCUGCCCGCUCGCCUGCGUCUGUGGAGCUCGCGCUGCUGCCAUACGCCUACGUGCGGACUCUCUUCAGCUCUCCCUCGGCCGCACCGUUCUGCUGCUCCGCUCAGCCUGCGGCGGGCGGCGAGGCGGCCGACCCCCCGCCCGCCCUCGCGCGUUCGCCGGCGUUCGUUGCGACGAAUGAGUGCCCCUACCCUGGAGCGCUCAAGCGCCUGGUCACCGGGGAGGUGCUGCCGCUGCCGGAGGCCGCGCAGCCCAGCGAGACGCGCCUAGGGCGCGAACCGACUUCGCCGCGAGUCGAUGCGGUCUCCUCAGUUGACACCGCGACCCCCGUUCCCGGGCAAUAUGUAUGCCCCGUGGCGCUCAAGGAGGGAAGCUUCGGCUCGACGACGGAGGUGCAGGACGAGCCUGAGAAAAUCCUUCAGAUGGAAGUGGAGGAGAGCGACAUCUACUUCUUGGUCGCGUCCAACUGCGGAGAGUUCAAGGACCUGAUGUUUGAGGGCGAAGUCGCGGUGCGCAAUGCGUACGGCUACCUGCCGGGAUACGAGUACCCCAAGAUGCCCUUCUACUUCUCCUUCAUGCUGGUCUACCUGGUCGUCUGUCUCUUCUGGGGCUGUCUGAUGUACAGACAGCGCGCAAACCUGAUCACGUUCCACAAAUUCAUGCUCGCUGUCGCGGUGCUCGGCUUCCUCGAAUGUCUGGCGCUCUUUGUCUACCUCUACGACUACAACAUGCGUGGCGACCGGAACAAAGUCCUCCUAGUCGUCUCUAUCCUCGUCACCGUUGUCAAGAGCAUCUUUUCCUACAUGUUGGUUCUGCUCGGCGCGAUCGGAUGGUCCAUCACGGUGCCCGUCCUCGAAAAGAAGACUGUCGUGCGUAUGCAAGUGAUUGUCGUGCUCUACAUCAUUCUCGACACUGUCAGACAAGUCAGCGACGAGUUCAGCAACUCACACUCGCUUCCGCUCAUUCUUUUGCUCACGUGCCUGAUCCCCAUCUCGACUCUGAACGGAGUGCUUUUCUACUGGAUUAUCUCUUCCAUCAACAACAACAUCGAGAUGUUGCAGCAGCAGAAGCAGCACGAGAAACUGCUCAUCUACAAGCGGCUCUACGCGGUCCUACUCUUCGCGAUUGUCUUGGCUAUCAUCGAUCUUCUGUGCCAAAUCUACGUCGCGUCCUGGGACGCUUCAGACCGGUGGAGAGACCAGUGGUGGCUGAGCGACGCGGUUCCUCAUUUCCUCUUUCUCAUGGUCUUGGCGGCGAUGAUGGCGAUUUGGAGGCCCAACCAGCAAUCCAGACGUCUCGCGUAUUUCACCGAAUUGGGCGACAUCGACGACCUCGAGGGCGACCACACGCGCGCAAAGAACGCUGCGGACAUGCAUGUCUGGGGCGAAGAGCUCGAUUUCCAUGAUCACUUUUCGGAGGAAGAGCUCGAGGCAGGGAUUCCGAACUUCAAGCUCCACUCCGUGGGCUCGAUGAGCGACGACGGGAAUCUGUCGGAUGAAGAUCCGCACGGGGACCACGGCGGCAACCACGAGCGCGCACAGCGUCUUGACGGCCUCGCCCCUCAGCAGAGGCACCAGUCCCCGUCUCGCGCGGCGAGGGCCGAUGAUAGCGUGCCGCGCCCCCAAGUUGUUGGCAGGGAGGUCUUGGAGGAUGAAGAACUGGAAAUGACCACGCAAGACGGCGUUUCAACGAAUGGCCGCAGGGUCGAGCACGGACAGGUACGCGUGGGGUAG